CAUCUCCCCCCUUACACACAUUUGUUUUCAGUCUUCAGUUGCAUCUCUAGUCGGUGAGGCGUCCGCUGCUUGGGUAAAACUUUAAGGCAAACAUGACGGAUGGACCGAGAAAAUCGAAAAUUUCCUCAUCUCGACGACUGGGGUUAAAAAUCAGGCUGUUGGCGGUCGCCACCCAGAUGCUGCAGGAGGAGAAAGAACAGAAAAUGAGGGAAAGAGAAAUCGCUCUCAAAGAGAGACUUGCUCCCCUAAACCUGUUUGACAACCUUCGACUGAAGAUCACUGAGAUUCAGAGCAAAUUCAAGAAGCCCCACCUGAAGAGAGUAAAGAUCUCCGCUGAAGCCAUGCUGAGCGUUCUGCUGGGCUCCAAGCACAAAGAGUCCUUCGACUUCAAGGCCAACCUGAAAACAGUUAAGAAGGAGGAAGAAAAGAAAGAGGAGGUCACUGACUGGCGCAAGAAUGUGGAAGCCAUGUCUGGCAUGGAGGGCAGAAAGAAACUAUUUGAUGCUUCUGGCAACUAAAAGAAACACACAGAUCUGAUGCAACAUGAACAAAAAUCUGUGACA